GAUUUUCUUUGUCUUCUAACCUCCUCUCUCAUUCUCUUAUACUCUUACCCUAAUCUGCACUUGUGCACUAGACAGAGAGUAACGAACUACUUCACUUUACCCUCUUCCUUCCUUCCUCUCUCUUCCUUCACUCUCUCAUUCCCCUGUCAACCUCACUCGUUUAGUGAUCCUAAAUGUCACUUGUUCCAGGCUCUAUUGCCAGGCUAUGUAGAAACGAACCAUCUACACCAUGGAUGGACAAUGACUUUACGCCAUGUUUCCACCAAAGCGUUCUUGAUGCUGGUAUCCCCCUGUUGUUCGCCAUCAGCUCUUUGGUGAUCUUUAUUGGCACCGCGAUCUACAAGCAAGCGCGCAGGAAUCAUUCAGGAGAUCACUCCGGCUAUCUUCCUAUCUCGGGUCAGGACGACACAAUUGCUGGACCAGAGGCAGAUCUGGAUGACCAGGAACAUUUAAACCAAAUCAACCCCCUCAACUCUACAGAUUCAAGCGUUCAUCUUGGCCAGGUUGCCUCUGGACGUCAUAUAUCUGGACGUGAUGCUGUCAAGACAUUAGCCUCGGCGGUUUCUCUCGCCGUCUCUGUCGUCUGGUUAAUUAGUCGAUCAAAUGAGGAUAAGGAAACUUAUCUUUACAUCGCACCGCUGAUCUCGAUGCUAGUUUGGGUAUAUGUCUUCACUCUCACAGUCAUCCACCUACUGCGCCCUCUCAACCCGUUGAUUUCCUUGACUCCUCACUUUUCGGCCUUCUUCAUCGUCAACCUACCUAUUGCAUUCUUCAGGUUCCGCACUCAGAUUAUCCACAAGACAUCUCAAAUUGAGCUGAUCUUGGCCUCGAUCUAUUUUGCAAAUGCUAUUGUCCUUGUGGUGCUCGCUCUUACAUCCAGCAAGUCUGCUCGUACUUUGGUACCCAAGCCUGGUGAACGUGUUCCCUGUCCUGAGACCUACGCUUCCAUCUCUGCUCUUGCCUUCUUCUCUUGGGCCGACCCGCUGAUUGCACUUGGAUACAAACAGGUGCUCAAUAACGAAGAUAUCUGGGACUUCCGUCUGAGCGACUAUUCUUCUGCUGUGAUUCAUCACUUCCGUCAGUCAAUUCUUGCUACUCGUAAAAACCAUGCGUUUAUUGUGCGUCUGAUCAUCAACUUUAGGAGGCGCAUCUCCGUUCAGGCAGUAUGGGCUGUUGCAUGGGGAGUCCUGACAUUCGUUGGUCCUUUUGCUUUGGAGCGUAUCCUCAAUUUUGUGGAUAAUAAGGAAAUUUCUACAGAAUGGGGAUAUAUUUAUGUCUUUGGCAUGUUUUUCGGAAUGGCUCUUGGAACAGUCGCUCAAUCUCAGAUGCUUUGGCAUGGCCGCCGUAUCUCAAUGCAGCUUCGUUCGAUUAUCGUGGGUGAGGUUUAUGCAAAAGCUCUACGCCGUAAGGAUCGUGCCGGACAGACUCAGAAGGGGGAGAAUCAUGAUUCUGACAAUGAAGACGAAGAGAAUGAAAUGUUUACCCAUGGUGCAAUCAACAAUAUGAUCUCCAAUGACACCUCGGAAAUCUCGAAUGCUAGUGCUUACCUUCAAGACUUGUAUAUCCUUCCUCUUCAAAUUGCUCUUGCCAUCACGUUCUUGUAUCGUAUCCUUGGUUGGCCUGCAUUAACGGGAGUUGUGACCAUGGCAUGCUUCAUUCCUUUCAACUUGUAUUUGACUAAUAAGGUCGAAACCAUUCAGGAUGAGCUCAUGAAAGCUACUGAUAAGCGUGCAGAGCUCAUGAACGAGCUUUUGCAAGCCAUUCGCAUCAUCAAGUUCUUCUCAUGGGAACGCAACUUUUAUGGUAAGGUUGAUAAAGCUCGUGAGCUCGAGCUGUACAAACUUCGCCUGCGCUUCACCUGGUGGAUUUUCGGCACUGCAUUGUGGUUUGGAACACCUGUCGUUGUCACCAUUACCACUUUCUUUGUCUAUACUAAAAUCGCUGGUAAUACCUUAACGUCGAGUGUCGCCUUUCCGGCUUUGGCGCUCUUUAACGUGCUCCGCGCGCCCAUGGACGCCUUUCCUGAAAUGCUGUCUCAGUGUUUGCGUGCCAAGGUCUCCGCUGCCCGUAUUGAUCGUUUCUUGGAUGAAGAAGAAGUAUUGGUCUACGCUAACGCCAAUGCCAAGCCUCGCAAAAAUUUGCCCACAGACCCUAUUAUCGGAUUCAAGAACGCCACUUUCUCGUACGCUAGCAAGGCAGAUCAAGACGCUGCUGAUGCUGCGCGCGAAGGGGGCCAGAACGUUAGUGGCCAUCAUUUCGAACUCAAAGACCUGAACCUUGAAUUCCCAGUCGGCGAAUUAUCCGUGAUUACUGGACCCACUGGAAGCGGGAAAACAUCAUUGUUGCUCUCUUUACUUGGAGAGAUCAAUCCCGUCAAGGGGCAGGCUUUUUUGCCUCGUCGUGAUUCUCAUGAUAUCAACCCUGUUACUGGACUGACAAACGGAAUUGCCUAUGUUGCCCAACAAGCAUGGCUCCAGAAUAACACUGUGCGCAACAAUAUCUUGUUUGGAACACCAUUCGAUCAGCGUCGGUAUGAUCAGGUCAUUGAGAUGUGCGCCCUUCAGCGUGACUUUGAGAUUCUGGAACAUGGUGAUCAAACUGAGAUUGGUGAGCGUGGCAUCACACUGUCAGGUGGCCAAAAGCAGCGCAUUGCCCUUGCUCGCGCUAUCUACUCGACAGCAGGCCAUAUUCUGUUAGAUGAUUGUCUAUCUGCUGUCGAUGCACACACGGCGAAAUGGCUUUUUGCUAAAUGCUUGAUGGGUCCUUUGAUGCAGGGUCGAACACGGAUCUUGGUCACCCAUGCAGUUUCCUUGACGUUACGUGGUGCUGCUCAUGUUGUUGUUCUCAAGAAUGGUGUUGUAGUCGCUAAUGGUACACCCAAUCAGGUACUUGAGGCUGGGGUUCUAGGCGAUGAGAUAUACAAUGAGGAACAAAUUAUUGAGGAUCACACUACAGAUGACCGAACAGUCGCAGGAAUCGAAGAGGUUGAAGAUGAAAUCGGUUCACAUACUCCUGUUGCCUCUUCAUCUGCCACAUUGACUGCAGCUGGAAAGAAGAGGAGCCCUAACAGUGACGACUCUUCAACAGAUUCGACCAUCCCUAUCAAGGAAAAGAAGAAGCUGAUGGAAGACGAAGAAAAAACGGAUGGUUCUGUAUCCUGGAGCGUCUACAAACUUUAUUUUGGUUCGAUGGGAGGUGUCCCAUACUGGAUUUUCCUUUUGGGAGCAUUUAUUUUUAUGCAAAUCUUCCAAGUUGCAGCUGACACUUGGCUUCGUUUCUGGGCUGGUGCCUCAGAGCGUCAAGACGAUAAUGAUCCGUACUCGAGUGCAUCUUUUGCAAUCGCCUCUACUCCUUCGUAUGCGACUUCAACAUCAAGCAUUGCCACCAAUGCCUCGAGUCUUUUGAUGUCGUUUGCCUGCCAGUACCGCGGAGACCACAACUACUUUGGCAACAACCCCAUCCGUAUCUGUCGUCAAGAAAUCUUUGACAAUCGUCAACCUAUGAGCCCAAUGAGUGCUUUGAGUUAUCAGACUUCUGACUCUUCAACUGAAUUCUCAACGCUCGCAUACAAGCCCUCCAAGGAGCUCGGUGACCUGAACUAUUACCUAGGAAUUUAUGCCUUACUUUCGGCUUUGUAUAUUGUCACGAUCAUGUGCCGCCAAGCCGUUCAGUACAAAGGAUCAUUGGAUGCUUCAAGGUCGAUUCAUCGCCGGCUUCUGUCGCAGAUUUUGAACUCACCUGUCCGUUUCUUCGACACGACUCCUUUGGGUCGCAUCAUGAACCGAUUUACCAAGGAUAUUGAGACCGUGGAUCAGGAAGUCGCCCCAAUCGCCUCUAACUUGAUGUUUGAUCUCCUGGGGACACUGACUGUUGUCAUUGUCAUUACCUAUGUGACACCUCAGUUCUUGUUCCCUGCAUUCUUGAUCUCAAUCUUGUUUGUAAUCAUGGCCACUCUAUAUCUUCGUUCAUCACGCGAAUUGAAGCGCAUUGAAUCCAUCACAAAAUCUCCUAUUUUCUCUCAUUUUGGCGAGUCUCUCUCAGGAGUUGCUACGAUCCGUGCCUAUGGUCAAGAGAAGCGCUUUCAGCAUGAGAAUCUCGAGCUGCUGGAUGACCACAACCGUCCUUUCUUCUAUCUCUGGGUCUGUAACCGUUGGCUCUCCAUCCGCGUAGACAUUCUUAGCGCCCUGGUCUCAUUCUUUGCAGGGCUUUUGAUCGUCGUCAACCGCGAUAACCUCGACCCUGGCGCUGCUGGUCUCUCCCUCACAUAUUCACUUACCUUCACUGACCAUGUUCUCUGGUUAGUUCGUUUGUAUUCUAAUAAUGAAAUGAACAUGAACUCUGUGGAGCGUGUGCGUGAAUACAUGGACUUGCCCCAAGAGCCUCCAGCUAUCAUUGAGGGCUCACGUCCUCCGCCAGGAUGGCCUAACAAUGGUGAGAUCAUGGUCGAGAAUUUGGUAAUGCAAUACUCUCCUGAUGAUCCACCUGUCAUUCGCGAUGUCUCUUUCCAUGUAAACCCGAGAGAAAAGGUCGGCAUUGUUGGGCGGACUGGUGCAGGAAAGUCAACAUUGGCGGUUGCAUUCUUCCGUUUCAUGGAGAUGACAUCAGGCAAGAUCACUGUAGAUGGUAUCGAUAUCUCUACACUCGGUGUCCACGACCUCAGAUCAUCCUUGACUAUUAUUCCUCAGGAUCCUGUCUUAUUUAUUGGAACAAUUCGUACAAAUCUGGAUCCAUUUAACGAGCACGACGAUGCAGCGCUCUGGGCCACAUUGAAGCGUGUACACUUGGUCUCAGAGGAUGGUACGGCGCCCAACACCUUUGGUAAUUUAGACAGCGAGGUUCAUGAGAACGGCAAUAACUUUUCACAAGGCCAGCGUCAGUUGAUUGGUUUGGCACGUGCAUUGCUGAAGCAGAGUAAGAUCAUCAUCUUGGAUGAGGCUACGGCCUCUGUGGAUCAUGAGACGGAUGCGCGUAUCCAGGCCACCAUCCGUGAAGAAUUUAAAGGGUCGACUCUUUUAACGAUUGCACAUCGGUUGAGGACUAUCAUUGACUUUGACAAGGUCCUAGUUAUGGAUCAUGGUCAAGUUGUACAGUUCGAUACACCCUGGAACUUGAUUCGUGACGAGGGUAUUUUCCGAGGCAUGUGUCAGCGCUCAGGCGAAUUCGAUCUCCUUGUUGAAAUGGCAGUGACAGCAGAAAAGAGGGCCAACAACAACAGGUCAUAGGGGAAAAUAGACACCAGUGUACUUGUCAUUAGCAUUCAUAACAUAUAAUUCUGCAUUGUUAAAAUAUUGAUCAUUG